AUGAGUUUGCUUGAUGGGUACCACAUGAUGGUCGUUUCACAGUAUUUUGAAACGUUAAACGAUUUCAUUAAUUUGGAGUUAGUAAAUAAGAAGUAUCAAUACAACAUGGCAAAGUUUCACAAUAAUCCAAUUCCAAUUGAUAAAAAAACAAUAAACUUUUUUACACAUAUUGAAACUUUAAAUAUGUGGUCUUCUUUUGAUGAAUUUUUUGGAAAUGACAUUUUUGGAGUAGAGAAUGAGGUUUUGUCCAAUAAAAUCAAUUUUUUUCGAAUAAUUAUUUGGUUUGAAGUUGAUUACUCUUUCUCACUAAAACACAAAAACACCAACUUUGUGUUUAAAAACAUCACUUACACAAAAGAAGACCGUGCCAAAUUCAAACAUGCGAACAUACCAAAUACUGUCACCAAACUUGACUCUUUUGCAUUUACAAACGCAAACAUCACUUCUAUUGACGUACCACAACAAGUCACUUCAAUUGGAGAUAACUGCUUUUCUUGUUGUUAUCGUUUAAAAACGGUGAACUUAUCAACCCAACUGAAAUAUAUUGGCGAAGAGUGUUUCUGUGAAUGUAAUGCCUUGGCAUCAAUUGAUAUUUCACAAAAUGUUAAUUUACUUGGUAAAAGGUGUUUCACGACAUGUAACAAUCUCACUUCUGUGUCGUUACCCAAAUCUCUUUCUUAUCUUCCGUUUUGUUGUUUUUUCAAGUGUGUUCAUCUACAAAUGGUGAAAUUUCCACAUCAUCUCAGUUACAUUGAAAAAUGCUGUUUUGCACGUUGUUCCGCAUUGAAAACAGUGACAAUCAGAAAUAUCGAAAAUUUCAUUGGUGAAUACGCUUUUUUUAAUUGCGUGAAUUUGACAUCAAUUAACAUUGAAGGCAACAUUCAAAGUAUAGAGAGCAAAUGUUUCAAAAGAUGUAGUUCACUUGUUGAUAUUACACUUCCUAGUGGAUUGUCGUUUAUUGGAAACAACUCUUUUGAGGAAUGUACAAAUUUAAGUGCAAUUAAAAUACCACAAUGCGUAACAGAACUCCCCCGAAAGUGUUUUAAAAAGUGUUUUAAAUUGGAGAUAAUUGAACUACCAAGUGGACUUGUUAAGAUGGGAGAUAUGUGUUUUUUCGAGUGCUCAAAAUUGAAAAACGUUGUACUACCACAAACAACAAAAGAACUUGGAAAAGAGUGCUUUUCGCGUUGUAGAAGAAUGAAACGAAUUAAUCUACCAAGUGGAUUGAAAGAAAUAAAAUUGUUGUGCUUCGAAAAUUGUACUUUACUGAGAAUUAAAAUACCAACUACAAUUACAAUUUUCGAAGAAAGUAAAUGUCAUAAUACAGGGGGGCUAAAAAAUCGCUUCUGUCUUUUUAACCGCUUCCACUUAAUUAUAUAG